CUUCAGAUAGUCAACUGAUCAACAUCCUAAAAAAAUUACAUGAUGCUCAUUCAACACUUUAAACAAAUGUCAAUUAUGUAUUACGUUUAGUUCAUAAAUUCUGCGUGUGGGUGUGUAUUUCUUUUUAUAGUAAAAAGUGAUCAAUGCUUCUUCCUUUUCAAAAAAUAUAAAAAGGCAUAUAGAUAAAUCGACUAUAUCAAAACAGGAUGACACUAGAAGCCCUUCAUAAGCUUACACCAGCUCAUAUAAGUUUAUGUGGAUGGAGCAUGACAGAUAAGAGAGCAGAAUUACUAGGUGCUAAGGUGAUCAACGUCCGAGAAAAGAUCGUUGGAGAUCAUGUUGUAGCCAAUGAGAAACUAAAACAAGGUGUUACGCUAUUGGAAGAAGAACCAUUUAUAAGGCAACUAGAAGAGUCCUAUAAGCCUACACAUUGCACCUAUUGCUUCACAUUGCUAAAGUCAAACAUGAUGAAAUGUCCGAACAAGCUCUGCAAAUGGAGCCAUAAUUACUGUAGUUUGACCUGUCAACGCCAACAUUGGUGGGCAGAACACAAAUGGCUUUGCGCUUUUCCAGAGUUAAAGAACACACACAGAGAUGUCUUGUUUGCUUUUCAAGGAUAUAUCGCUAGUAGAUCUAGAGGCAAAGGCACUCUGCCAGGACUAGUUUCCAAUAUAGAAUUUCAUACAUCAAAGCAAGUAGAAGAGUACCGAAGCAGAAUUAAAAAUGGACUAUUGUCAAAAAUAUUCAAUUUGACAGACAACGUUGUAGAAUCCAUGGUGACAAUCAUGGGACAGAUAAGAUGUAACACCUUUGCUGUCACACAGACUAAGACAGAACAAGCAUAUGGUAGUGUAGUAGAAGGAAGCUAUCACAUAGCAGUUGGAAGAGCCAUUUACCUUUAUGCUAGUAAAUUCAAUCAUUCCUGUGAUCCUAAUGCUUUGGUCUUGUUUGGCACAAACGGAUGCGCGACUCAUCUAAAGGUCAAUCUUGUUCGUCAAGCUGAAAAAGGAGAGGAAUUGAAUAUUAGUUAUGGUCCUUUAGCGACAAAAAUGGUUACAGAAUUGCGAAGAAAAAAACUCUAUAAUGAUUACUUUUUCGAGUGUAAUUGUAAUGCUUGUCAAAAAUGUGAUGAUGCAACAAACAUGUACCAAUGUAUUCAAUGUAGAGGUCAAAAGCUUUACUAUAGACAGGAUAAAUGUCCCUCAUGUAAUUUUAUACCUAAUUGGCAUGAGAUUUCACUUGAUGAAGAGAAAGCAAUAAAACUAGUCAAAGAAGGGCUUGUCGAGAUGGAUAUUGAGAAAUUCAAGCAGGCAAUGAGAAUUACCUUGAAAUACUUUGAUAAAGACUCGAUACAGAUGAGCAAAUUGUGGGAUAAUAUGGGCCGAAUGUAUGUGACUAUGGGUCGCCUGUCUGAGGCUUCUAAAUGUAUCAAGGCAUCACUUACAAAUGUACAAAAGAUUUUUGGAAAGAUCAGUGUUGAAUCGGCUGCAGAAAUGUUAAAGCUGGCAACCAUUUACUGGAACAGCCAGCAACUGAAUGAAGCUUAUAAAUUAGCUGUAGAUACUAUAGCAGUAUAUGAAGCUUUAGGUUUAGAUAAAGACGAGUCAAGAAAAGAAGAAUGUGAGGAAUUACAGAAUAUAGCAGAAUUUUCUUUUAUUACAAUGGGAAUGAAAAAAUAAAAAUAUGUUAAAUAUACAAAAAUGUUUAAAGGUCAUCUUCAUCAGAGAAAACUU